UACAAUUGGUGGCCUAUAAUUACAACUCACUCUGAUGCCUUAGAUUUCUCACUUUAGUCUCCUUCUUUCUGGGGCUCUCGCAGAGCUUUCUUCCAUUUCUGCCAUGGCUGCCACCACUGGAUCUUCUUCAAGCUCUGCCGCUGCUGCUGAUGACCCAGCUCUUGCUCUGCCUUCUGUCCUCAAUGUGAAAUUGGAUCCUACCAAUUACCCCAUUUGGCUGGCGCAGAUCGUUCCUCUGCUCAGGAGCCGCCGCCUGAUCUCUUUCGUCGACGGCACCAGCAUUUGUCCGCCUGCGUUUCUUCUCGGCCCCGACGGAAAACCCAGUAACGCGAUCAAUCCAGCUUAUGAAGACUGGAUUCAGAUGGACCAGUUGGUGCUUUCUUGGAUCAAUGGCUCCCUCAGCCACCCUGUCCUUGCUACUGUGGCUAGUUCUAUCUCCGCCCGUGCUACCUGGCUUGCUUUGGCGGCUCUGCUUUCGACUCCGGUCCCGGUUUCUGAUCAUGGCACCGCUGCCAUGGUAGGUUCUGGUGGGUGUGGCUCAGGAGGAGGAGAGAUGAGCAGCAGCAGCACAACAGGUGAAGGAGAUUCAAAGCAGAUGGACCUGCCCGGGUAUAAGUUCUCUCCCACCGAAGAGGAACUGGUUGGCUUCUACUUGAAGAAGACGAUAGAGGGCAAGGACGCAAAAUUCAGGGACAGGAUCCCUGUAAUCGAUGUCUGCAACCACAAGCCUAGUGAUCUGCCUGAGUACUUCUUCAGCAAACCUAAUUACAUGAACACCAACAGCAAUCGCCGCAGUAGGACAACAGAUGAGGGCUUUUAUAAAAGCACAGGCAAGGUUCGUGAGAUCAAGGCUGAACAAUCCCAAGCUGUGAUUGGUAAUAAGAGGAUUUUGUCUUACUACGAAGGUCGUUUGCCCAAAGCCAAGAAGACCAAGCAUGUCAUGCAUGAGUAUUCUCUCACCAAGACUAAACUGGCCCAACUGGGUGCUCAAAACAAUCAGCAGAGGGAGUUAUUUCUCUGCCACCUGACGAAUAAGUCAGCAAAAUCUGAGAAGCUGAAAGAUGAUUCAAUCUGCGGCGAUGAAUUAGCUGAACCUGCUAUUGGUAGUGAAAUCUCCUAUAACUCUGAAGAUGAUCAAGCUGCUGCAACUGAUAUGAUUCAAGGCCCAGAUGAGCAUCUCGCAGACAAAGAUGUUCUGGUUGGCACUGAGAAUCGUAAUGAAUGCGCCGAGUCAGAGUCUCCAAAUGGUUUUUCUCCUACAGACAAUAAUGAUAUUUCAACCUGUGUAUGUUUUGGUUCACCUGGUAGCUUUGACGUACCUGGUGGCUUCUUCUUGUCUGAUUUUGAUGAUCUGUUUAACGAGCCGUCCUGUGCUGAUCUUGGAGAAAAUAUGGAUUCAACCUUUAUUUCACCUGAGCAGCUAGCAGCCACAUCAGCCACCACACCCACCUCAGCCACAUCAUUUGGUGGCUUUGGUGUUGGUUCACCUGAUGGCUUCUUGUUGUCUGAUUUCGAUGAUGGCUUCUUGUUAUCUGAUUUCGAUGUUCUGUUUAAAGAGCCGUUCUGUGCUGAUCAGCCAGAUCAGCCACCACACCCACCUCACCCGCAUCAGCCAUCACCCGCACCUCACCCACAUCAGCCACCAUCCGCACCUCAGUCACAUCAGCCACCACCCCCAUCUCAGCCACAAAAUUACUGCUCCUCCACACUGCCGUCAGCAUUAUGCACCAAGCAGAGAAAUGUUCCCGGUCUCUAUAAUGAUGAUUGCAGUAAGCAGCUAUCUCCAACUGGGAAUAAUAUUUCAACGAAUUAUCACUAUGAACCGGUUAGCAACACCGCUUAUGGUGUUCAAAAUGGGGCUACUGAUGAAAGGUUUUCAGAGGUUUAUAAAACUUCAACCAACGAUCACAAUGAAUCAGUUAGUUCAGAGGCUUACUUUCAGCAAGAAGAAAAUCUGGGAUCAAUCUUUCAUCCAAUUUGGCCACAGGAUUACACCCCGCUGUCACCAAUGAACACAGAACUGGGAGAUGUUAUGCAUGCCAGUAACUAUAUUGGCAUGUAGUGAUGAGUCGCAGUCUCCAGAUAAUCUGGAGUUUACGAUUCUUUUCCCACAGUUCUUGAAUGAUUUCAUUGGUGACCCGGAUUAUUAUCCUGUUAAGAAACAACAUACACUACUUUCAGUGACUCUACUCUACCGGAGCCAUGGGGAGGAGUCUAUGAUAGCGAUAGUGGAGUAAGAAGUGAAAGGAACACUGAAUUACUCCAUGGAUGGGUAGAAGUUUUAUUCUGCAUUAGCUGCUGCAACAUAGAUAGUGCAACAUUUUAGUUAUAGGGGAGCAUCAGUAAACCACAAGAGGUCUUGGAAGGGUAGCACAUCAACAAACAAAUUAGAUUCUUUUAUUAAAAGCAGUACUUUGGAGACCACGUGUGAUGUAGAACAGCUUAGAUUAAGCACUCAAACAAUAGAACAUUAGAACAAGAAGAAUAUCGGACAAAAACACAGCUUAGAUUAAGCACUCAAACAAUAGAGCAUAGAAGAUUAUAAGAGAUCAAGGAGAUGAAAAUAUAGAUCGAAGUUACGAAAGAAAGAAAGGGCAGAACAGUCAAGAAGAAUAUUGGAGGUCGAGGAGACGAAAAUAUAGAUCGAAGGGACAAAAGAAAUGACCGAAAUCAGAGAACCAAAAGGGAAGGACAGAAAUCACAUAGUUUUAAGAGAAGGUUUACUCAAUAUCCAAAUCUCUCCUGUCAACAGAAGCACAAAUAUUCCUCAAAGCAGUUCUCUUCAAAUAGUGUACUCUCUUAAUAAUAGCACACUCAAUACCAAGCAGCAUCCAUUCAUGUCCUCACACGUAGGAGGUGCUCCGAGAAGAAUCCGACUGCAAAGCUGUAUCACAAGACAAGGUUAGGGAAGCUGCAGAGUAUUGUAUUGCUCUCUUCACCUGAAAACCAAGUCCUGGAAGUAUACAGUUCGAAGCAGGUGACAUAGGGUUCUUUUGAUGUUAAUGGAAGCACCUCCUUGAAACCAUUAAGCAAGUCCCGGAUGGGGCAUGCUCAGGCUUUUACUCAGGCUUAUACUCAGGAUCAGGCUCAGGCUCAGGCUCAGGCCUUCGUUCCACAUUCUAUUGUUCUGGAAGUGGCAUUAUACAGGAUCUGCUUCUACAUGGCUGCUGGAGUCUCAAUAUAUAAUACAGUGACCAGACGCUAAUGUGACGUUAUGGUUAUUGGUAUCCUUGUAAAUGUUGUUGAUUUUGUUUUUGUAAUUGGCCUAUGUCAAAUGCUGCGGUCCUGUGCAGCAUUCCUGCGGCCCUUGUGCACUGCGUCUUUGUCAAUUUUGUAUAUUAAGAACCUUUCAGUGUUGAAUGGAAUUUUGUGUGUUAUUAUAUAUUAACAUGUUCUGAUUUCAUAUUUC